CAGCCUCUAUCGUCUAUCAUCGAGAAUGUCGGCCAAUGCCAGUGAUGGAUUUCCUGAUAUUGAGAAUAAGGAUUUGAACGACUCAAAGAGACUCCAGCAAUCAGAAGCUCAACUCGAGACGAGCAUCACUGCGAUGCUACAGCAGACUGCUGCCCUCCAGAACCUAGCCAGCAAAGGCGAAACUGACGAGGGCGAUGUCGACGUGAUGACCCGAUUACGCGCGAAAACCCGUCUGCUCGAACACACAGCGAAGUGGCUAAGCAUCCAGCUGGCUACGAUCUCUUGCCAGAUAAACGCCAACAAAGCCGUCCUGUCCCCUGUUCAACGGCUUCCUACAGAGCUUCUUUCGACUAUCUUCCUCAUGUCUACUCCCGACCAGUGGUACGAGGCACCGAGUGGAACAAUGGCGCUCCCUUGUGCCGCGGUGUCCCGCGCCUGGCGGUCCGUCGCUUUGCAAACAUCUCGGCUGUGGAAUUCCAUUGUCAUCAAGGCAGAGUUACGACCACCCUGGGGUGACGAAGAAGCGGACUAUGAUCGCUCGCUACUCGGCGCAAAUCCUGCUCUGGUGUCCAUUGUGGCUCGAUAUUUGAUUCGCUCUGGCCACGCCCCUCUGCAGAUCGUCUUCCACGUCAUUGUGCGAAGUGCCUCCGGAUACCGCGACCAUCCAUCCAGUCUCUCGAAAACGUGGGACGCUCUCGUGUCCGCAUCUGCGCGAUGGGUAUCUGCAGAGCUGGUCUGCUCACUUGCGUUCUUCGACUCGCGAAGUGCUGCAUCGUUCCCGCGACUACAGUCUCUCGACAUCAAAGCGUUCGGUGCUGACACUGAGGGGUGCCAUCCUGUCUUGUUUUUCCAACAAUCGCUCAUCCGCGCCCUCGCACUCAGGGGGGACUGUACUACCCCACAAGGCGAUCUACGAUGGCCAGAUGCAUGGCGACCGACUCGCCUAGAGGUCCAAUACAUCGAUUCAGACAGCAUUCCAUCCAUACUCUCUGCCUUUGCAUCCACUGUGGAACACCUCAUAGUGUACAGAGAGCGCCGAUAUGGCCUGUACGGACCGCCGCGAACCGCAGGCGUAAGGAUGCCCGCUUUGCGGGCGGUCGAGAUCAUUAGUCCAGCAUCGGAGGUGAUCCUCAUCGACGCACCGAAGCUCACGGAGAUUGUGUUGCGCGGCCACUACUACUUUGCCCCCGACCCCACGCUGGACGCCCUCUUUGUGCGCGACAGGUGCAUGCAGCUCACCUCGCUCACGCUCGACAACGUUGUGUACGCCGUGACGAGCGCCGUGUGUUUGUUCAAGACCAUGCCCGCGCUGUCGCAUCUCUCGCUCUCUGCCCGAAAGAUCGGUGAGGACGAGCCCUCUUCCUCGGACAUGGUCAGUGUUACCCUACUGUGGCAUCUGACACGCGACCAUACCCGGCCUGAAUCGUUGGAUUUCCUACCAGCGUUACAGCAUCUCGAGCUAAACGCUCGGUGCGACCUGUACACGAUCGCUUAUCGCGUUGAGCUCGUUGCGCCCGGGAUGGCGAUGCUGCGAUCCAGACUACGCGCUGGGCAUGAUGGUAUUCACGACCUUCGACCUCUUGAGUCCUUCAAAAGCGACAUGGAGGAGCUGACCCUGGACCGCGCUCGCGCAGAAUUGGCCUACCAUGAUCUUCAUUCGGCGAAGUAAGAGCACCGCACCGUCCGGAAGUUCAGGCGUGUGGUCCGCAUGGCUUUGCCAAGGACGGGUAGGUAGUAGAAGAUGCAAUAUCGUGUGGUGGAUGAACCAGUUCGUUUAGUAUCGGGUUCACUGAGAAUUACGCGGCUAUGUAACCCUGCGUGAACGAGCAGGGUAUGCCUAUGACGGCAAGGCCGUAUCAGGGAUAUCUAUAAGCGUGAAUAUUCCUUGUCUGGUCGUGUAAAAGGCCGAGCCCAUUCAACGUUUCGCUACUGG